GUUGUGCCAGUUUAUACAAGGAGCCGGAAAAACACGAAUGUGAUUAGUAUUUCUUUACAUCGAACGUGCUAGUAAUCUCCCAGUACUUUUUUUUUUGAACUGUCAAAAAAAAUGUACUAGUAGUACUGGGAAUGUACUAAAAUCUGUCAAAAAUCCCUCCGCUCCGCACCACCGUUUUGUGCAAGAAAAUCGAAGAAACUGCAAAAAUGGGUUGUGGUGGAAGAACGCUCCUUAGCCUCUCUCUGUGCUCGUCUACCUCCUCAACCCGCUUCUCUUUAACUCUCCUCUCCCGUUUCCCACUCUCCAAUUUCCCAUAUCCGCCACCACCACUACUACCCAGCGCCGCCCUCGUUUUUAGGCCCCUAUGCUCCGCCACCGCCGCCACAACAGAGGAAGGACUGCAACCCUUAAAGCACUCAAUCCUCCUCGAGAGGCUUCGAAUCAGGCACCUCAAGGACUCCUCCUCCGAAAAAACCCGACCGACGCAGCGGCCUUUGGCGCCUGGGGAUGAUGAUGGGUCGGCGACGAAGAAGAAUACUAAUAAUAAUAAGAAGAAGAAAAGUGAGGUUGAGGUUUUGGCUUCGAGUUUCGAGGAGCUAGGGUUGACUGAGGAGACGAUGGGGGCUUUGGAGGAAAUGGGUAUCUCGGCUCCUACUGAGAUUCAGAGUAUUGGGAUACCUUGUGUGCUCAAAGGGAAGAGUGUGGUGUUGGGUUCUCACACUGGCUCUGGAAAGACCCUUGCUUACAUGUUGCCUCUUGCUCAGUUGUUGAGACGGGAUGAGGCCUUAUAUGGCAUGCUAAUGAAGCCAAGACGUCCUCGAGCUGUUGUGCUAUGCCCCACAAGGGAGCUUUCUGAACAGGUGUUCCGCGUGGCUAAGUCAAUUAGUCAUCAUGCUCGAUUCAGGACUACCAUGGUAAGUGGCGGCACCCGUUUAAGACCCCAAGAAGAUUCGUUGAACACCCCAAUUGAUAUGGUUGUGGGGACCCCUGGUCGUGUUCUUCAACAUAUUGAGGAAGGGAAUAUGGUUUAUGGUGACAUCCAAUACCUGGUGUUGGAUGAAGCAGAUACAAUGUUUGAUCGUGGCUUUGGGCCUGAUAUUCGUAAGUUUCUUGGCCCCUUAAAAAAUCGUGCAUCCAAAUCUGAUGAUAAAGGAUUCCAGACGAUUUUGGUCUCUGCAACUAUGACAAAGGCAGUGCAAAACCUGAUUGAUGACGAGUUUCAAGGAAUUGAACAUGUGCGAACUUCAACGUUGCAUAAGAAGAUAGCAUCUGCUCGCCAUGACUUUAUCAAACUUUCAGGUUCUGAAAAUAAGCUGGAGGCAUUGCUACAGGUCCUCGAGCCAAGCUUAGCAAAGGGAAACAAAGCGAUGGUGUUCUGCAACACAUUGAAUUCUAGUCGUGCUGUGGAUCACUUUCUCGAUGAAAAUAAAAUCUCUUCUGUUAAUUACCAUGGAGAGGUGCCAGCAGAACAAAGGGUUGAAAACCUCCAAAAGUUUAAGAGUGAUGAUGGAGAUUGCCCCACGUUGGUCUGCACGGACUUGGCUGCUCGGGGACUGGACUUGAAUGUGGAUCACGUCGUUAUGUUUGAUUUUCCCUCAAAUUCUAUUGACUACCUCCAUCGGACUGGAAGAACUGCUCGAAUGGGUGCUAAAGGUAAGGUGACAAGUUUAGUUACAAAGAAAGACUUGAUGCUUGCCACCCGUAUUGAGCAGGCUAUAAUGAAGAAUGAGAGCUUGGAAUCCCUAACUUUAGAUAAUGUAAGGAGGGAUGUUGCCAGGUCCCAAAUAACAGCAGAAAAGAACUCGAAAUCCAUGAAUAUUUCAAACCAGAAAAACAAGAGUAAAUCUCCAUCUCUGCUGAAACCAUCAAGUGUCCGGAGGAAGUUUUCAUCUUCCGAAAAGACCUCAGGUCCAAAAUCUGGAAAAGCUUCUGCUUCAUCCAAAACUACACAGACUCCAAUUAAUGUGUCCAAGUCACCAAAAUUUUCAGCUGCAAGUAGUUCAAAAAGGGCUACUUCCGGUGGGAAGAAAACAACAGACAGCAGAAAGUCUGGUGCUGUGAAAUCAUCUGCAGGUAGUUCAAAAAGGGCUCCUUCCGGGGGGAAGAAAACAACUGUCAGCAGAAAGUCCGGCGCUGAUUUCAGAACAUCAAAACUAAAUGUUGUAGGGUUCAGGGGGCGGAGUUCGUCGUCUAAUGCAAGAGAGUCAUUGAGAUCUAAGUAAUCGUCUUCCCAAUUUUGGAUCAUGUACAUUAUUAAGAUAGCAUUUGAAUACUUGUUUUACUUUUCAUGUGUUUCUUUUGUCCCUGUCCUCUUGCUUCGAGAAAUAUGUUUAUUCCAGUGAAACAGAAAAUAUCACUGAUGCCAAGUCUCGUGAGUUCUAAACUUAGGUUCAUGAUUA